UGAGACGAAGUCGGAAGUAUUUGCGGGUUCUACAUCUCCUUCAAUGGGAAAGUAAACUGGACGUGAACCGGAUGUAGAAUCAUCCAGAACGAGUUCACUUCGGCUAUCAACAACGUGCACCCAUGUGUUUUAUCGAGUGAUACUAAACAGGUGAAGAAACAUCAUCAUGACGUCCUUGGCCCACCAGCUGAAGAGGCUCGCGCUGCCUCAGAACGACCCCAACCUGCUGACACGCAGAGAGGUCGCCUCACUUCUCUUCGACCCCAAAGAUGCUGCUGCCAUGGACAGAAGCACCUUCUUCGCCCUCGGCUGCACGGGGCUGGAGGAGCUGCUGGGAAUUGAACCUGCUUUCCUGGAGUUUCAGGACACCCUGUUCAGUGGGGCCUCGCUGACCCUGGAGCGCAGCGUCCAGUCCAAAGAGGUCAACGAGAAGCUGGACGCCGGCAUCUCGCUCUUCCUCACCCGCCUCUGUCCGUAUUUCCUCCUCAAACCGGCCCACAAGUGCAUGGAGUGGCUGAUUCACCGCUUCCACAUCCAGCUGUACAACGCUGACAGUCUGCUGGCCUGCGCGCUGCCGUAUCAUGACACCAACGUGUUCGUCAGAGUCCUGCAGCUCCUCAGGAUCAAAGACGCCACCGGCCGCUGGAACUGGCUGCACUGCCUGCAGAAACCAGGUGUGCCGUUGUCCAGAGGAACGCUGAUCACUCACUGCUACACGGACCUGAGCUUCAUGGACUUCAUCUGCACCAUGGUCACCAAGGCCAUCGAGGCAUAUUCAGGGCAUUCAGGAAGUUGCUCCCAGCUCAGAGUGAUCUUCUCCUUCUACGCCUCCACCAUCGUCCCUGCUCUGGACGCGGUGGACAAAGUGUCCGACACCAUCAUCUCCAAACUGCUGCCGUACAUUCAGAAGGGUCUGAAGUCAUCACUGACGGACUACAAAGCUGCCACCUACAUGAUCGUGUGCCAGCUGGCGGUGAAGGUGGUGAUGGAGGCGAGUCUGGUCGACACUCUCGCCGCACAUGUCAGCAAGUCUCUGCUCAAAGAGCCCGUGUUGGCCAAGGAAGGCGUGGGCUGCCUCGUCGUGCUGCUGCAGAGCCAGAAGGAGGGCGCUGCUGGGCCCAGAGCUUUCAGCCGUCUGAGCUCGAUGCCGGAGCUCGUGUCGACGCUGCAGGUCACGGCGGUGAGUCACGAUGUCAGUCCUCUGCUGCGCUACCUGCUGCCUCACCUGAUCCACGCCGUGUUCUCCUGUAGCUCAGGUGACACAGAUGAGCUCAGAGUGUUGGAGUCCAUCCUGCAGUCUGUUCCUCUGACCAGAGGACUGGACCAAAUGGUGGCUCGUUUGCUGUUGGACGAGUAUCUGAGUCAGACCGAAGUCUUGGCUGAAAACGUGUCCGCCCUCGACCAGCGUCUGCUGCCUCUCGUCCGACUGUUCGAGUCCAGGUACUGUGGAGCUCUGGACGGUGUCCUCGCAGGUCAUGUGACCGACAUCAGCAGCACAGAGCAGAAACGUCUCUUCCAUCAGUUCCUCUCUUUGUCCAUGAGCAGUGGAAAAUACCAGAUUAUGGGCGACUCGGACACGUCGCUGAUCCUCAGUCUCAAACACCCGCAGCCUUCAGUCAGAGUCUCGGCUGUGGAGCACCUGAUGGGCGUCAUCACCUCUGGGCAGCAGCAGCGGAGUUUGGACGAAGCCUUCCUGAAAGAUGCCGUCAUAGACCGACUGAAGGAUGACGUGCCGGAGGUCGUGGCAGCCGCUCUCAGAGCCCUGGAGGUGUUGUUUGAUGUUUUGGACCCUGAAGACAUCGUGUUGUGUUUACUGUCACUGCUGCACAGAGUAGAUCUGUCGGCAACUGAGCGCUGGCUUCCGGUGUUGACAGAGGCGGUGCAUUUACUGUCCGACCCACAGCUGGGGAAAGGGGACAGUGAGCUGGUGCAGAGGGUGGGCUGGAGGCUGCUGCCCUUCCUGGUGAUCACCUCUGCCCAGGUUGGCCUUGCCUCCUGCGUCGCCCGAUCCUCCAUCAUCAGCCAGCAUCCGCUCACCCUGAACUGGGCUCAAGAGCUGGAGAACGUGAUGAAGCACAGCUCUGAACCCGACUUUGUGGGUUUGGCCCACCAGCGUCUUGUCUCCACGCUGACGAAGAACCUGGCCAACAUGGAGCACUUCUCCAGACGCGACGCUCUGGAGAAGCUGGCUCUGUUGGUGGAGCAGCAGCGGGGCACAGGCCUCAGGGCGAGGGCGUCCUUCCUGGUGCUGACCCGGACUCUGCUGCUCGGCAUGGGUGAACUGAACGAGACCCAGCACCUGCUCACUGCUCAGAGGAUCUACAUGCUGUUGGAGCCCCCCCUGCUGGAGGCCAUCAGGGACGAGCGCUCACAGCAGGAGGCCGAGCGUCACGCCAGCAUCCCCUCGUCUUUCUCUGAAGCUCUGACUGUGUACCUGAGCAGGUGUGGGCAGCAGACAGGUGAAAGGCUGGACAGAGAGUACAGCUUCGUUCUGAUGUCUCUGCUCAGAGACUUCAUCUCCUCCCUCAGGUGUCACGACGCCUCCUUCAAAGGUGAGGUGUGGUGGAACCCGGAGAGGCUGGACACAAACACCUGCUGCUACCUGAGCCUCACCUGCCGCCUCUUCAGCCUCAUCAUCAGCGGUGCUGCAGAGGGGCCGGCAGCCAGCAGCUUCAGAGACUUAAUGAAGCUGCUCAUCCAGGCUCACCUGCCUGAGCCACUGACGCUCUUCAGGUUCCUGUGUGUUCUGUGGGGAUACAGCAGUAACCACGGCGACCAGCUGGACAUGAAGGUUGGUGCCGUCCUGCAGACUCAGGCUCUAUACAUGGGCAGAGCUCUGCUGAGUGCUCAACCGGCUGCCAUGCUGGAGGAGCUGGCAGCCGCUGACUCACCUGUGUUCCCGUCGUUGCUCUGCUGCCUCAGCUCUCCGGUUCGGGAGGUCCGGAGGGCGGCCCUCGGCGCUCUGCAAAACCUAUCAGGAGCCAAAACUUCUCCCUUCCAGCCAAUCGUAGAGAAGCUCCUGAAGACCCCUGAGGAGAUCAUCGCUGACCCGUCAUACCUGAGCCAGGCUCUCGGUGUGCUUCAUGAAGACAGUCUGUCUGUUAAAGCGAAGACACAGCAGAAGAAGCUGCAGUCAUCGAUGCAGCAGCUGCUGCAGAGCGUUCAGACUCCCUGCUGUCCAUCGUACAGCGCUGCUGUUCUGCUGCGGGCGCUGAGCCUUGUCAGCGGGCAGAGCGUCCUGUCUACGCUGCUUCCUGUUCUGGAUCGGCUCCUGGAGCAGAGUGGCCCAGAUGCCCCGACCCUGCUGCGGGCCGAGGCCCAGCUCAUGCAGCUCGUCCUGGGGAAAUACAAUGAGGUGUCGGCCCCCCUGCUGGCAGAGGACCGGAACUGUCUGGAUGUGUUUAUCAGAGCUUUGAGGACCUCGACUCAGCAGCAUCCAGACAUCCCAAGCUGCCAGAUCUUUGCCCUGGAACAGAUGACAAAGCCGUUCUUCUCGGCACUCGGAGAUGAGCAGGUGCAGCAGAAGCUGCUGUCGGUGAUGUUCGAUGUGCUGGUGGACAGCAGGAGUCCUCUGGUGGCCAACACCAUCAGCAGCGUCUUUAAAGGGAUUGCGGUUGAUGGUCAGCUGGUGGCCAAUGAGCUCGCUCCACCAGAAAAGGCCAGAGUGAAUGUGACCGUGCAGCAGAGUCGCAGGAGCAGAAUGACCCAGAGGAAACCUCAGGAGAGUGACGAAGUGGGUCCACAGGGGGGCACUGUUUCCUGGCAGAGAGUCACUUUGAUCCUGGAGCUGCUGCAGCACAAGAAGAAGCUGAAAAGAGCCCAGACUUUGGUGCCGGUUCUCUUCUCGCUGCUCGCCAGGAGCCUGGAGCCGAGUUCAGGUGAACACACCAACAUGGAGUACACCAAACAGCUGCUGCUCAGCUGUCUGCUCAACGUCUGCCACAAACUGUCUCCUGAUGGACGAGCUGUGGCUGCAGACGUCCUGGAUGAAGAUAAGUUCAGCGUGGAGCUGGUGGUUCAGUGUAUCCGAGCGUCCGACAUGCCGCAGACACAUCACCACGCCCUGCUGCUGCUGGGCACUGCUGCCGCCAUCUUCCCUGAAAAAGUCCUGCACAACAUCAUGCCCAUCUUCACCUUCAUGGGAGCCAACAUCAUGCGUCUGGACGACGCCUACAGCUUCAGAGUCAUCGACAAGACGGUUCAGAUGGUCAUACCUGCUCUGAUCAAGGCUCAUCGGCUCUCUGACGGCGGCUCUUCGGCUCAGGUGGACGCCGUGGUGACAAAGAUCAUGCACGUGUUUGCUGACGCGUUGCCUCACGUGCCUGACCACCGCCGGCUGCCCGUCCUCGCUCAGCUGGUGACCACACUGGGCCCCGCCCGCUUCCUCUGGGUCCUGUUGCUGCUCCUGUUCAAGCUGCAUGCCACACAGACGGCCAGCACCGCGAGCGAGAAGGAUGCAGCUCUGGAGAGAGACGUGGACUUCUGGAUCUCUCUCUGCUGUCAGUUUGAGGUGACCGACCAGCUCACCUCCCUCAUCCGCAUCCUGAGCUUCCUGCUGCAGCUGCCUGACGACAAAGACGAAGCUGUGGUGAAGCACUCCGUCAGCCGGCGAGGAGCCAAGAAGAAGCAGGAGAACGAGGAGGAGAAGGUGGAGGAGCUCAUCUUCAGCAUGGAGGCUCACAGCAGCAAAGAGCUGCGACACUUCAAGUUCCUCUGCGUCUCCUUCAUGGCUCAGCUGCUCGGCUCGGCCGGCUUCAUCACGAAGGUGGCAGACGGCGGCGACGGCGGCGGCGACGAGUCUCUACAGCAGCUACAGCAGAGGCUGUUGGAGGAGAUCCUGCACUACAUCCACAGUGUAGCUCGCUGUGUGGAGGAGAACGCUGACAAACCCACAGCAAAGUUCUGGAGAGUUCUGCUCAACAAAGCGUACGACGUUCUGGAUAAGGUGAACUCCCUGCUGCCCACUGACACCUUCAUCACGGUGAUGAGGGGGCUGAUGGGUAAUCAGCUGCCGUCGGUCAGGAGGAAAGCCAUGGAGCUGCUGAACAACAAGCUGCAGCAGAGGACGCAGUGGGAGGAACAGCAGGUCACUGCACUGUUACAGCUGACCGGUGACCUCCUGACAAUCGUGGGUAAAAGUCACAGUAAGGUGAUGGAGGAGGAGGAGGCGGAGCAGGCCAUCAACCGGCAGACGGCGCUUUACAGCCUCAAGCUGCUCUGUCGCAGUUUUGGCUCGGACCACCAGGAGGCGCUGGUGCCCGUCCUGCAGCAAACGGUGGAGAUUGUCUCAUCGCUGGAGGAAGAGAAGAACGUGAUGGGCAGCGCUCUGCUCUGCAUCGCAGAGGUGGUGAGCACGCUCAAAGCCCUCGCCAUCCCGCAGUUACCCAGGUUGAUGCCGGCGGUGCUGCACACGCUGAUUGACAGGAAGGAGCUGCUGACCAAUGAGAUCUACCUGCUGAGCGCCAUCACCGCCUUCCAACGUGUCACAGAGACGCUGCCGCACUUCAUCAGCCCGUACCUGCAGGACAUCACCUUACAGGCCUGUCGGCUGACUCGACUGGUGGAGACCUCUUCAUCCUCCUCCUCCUCCUCCACCACCUCCACCCAGCUGUGCACACGCCUCACCUCUCUGAGGAGCACCCUCGCCACCAAGCUGCCCCCCAGGGUCCUACUGCCCACCAUCACCAAGUGCUACAGCAACAUGGUCACCGACAAGAAGGGUCAGUUGGGGGCGCUGAUGAGCAUCCUGAAGGAACACAUCAGUCACAUGGAGAAAGAUCAGCUCAACUUCCACCAAUCAGAGCUCACCUCCUUCUUCCUGAGCGCUCUGGACUUCCGUGCUGAACACGGGCAGGGCGACCUGGAGAAGACGGCGGAGAUCGAGGGCUGCGUGAUUGACUGUCUGCUCGCCAUGGUGAUGAAACUGUCUGAGGUCACGUUCAGGCCGCUCUUCUUCAAGCUGUUCGAAUGGAGCAAAUCGCACAGUAAAGAACGUCUGCUGACUUUCUACCGACUGUCCGACUGCAUCGCCGAGCGCCUCAAAGGGCUCUUCGUCCUGUUCGCAGGAAACCUGGUGAAGCCGUUUGCUGACCUGCUGCGACAGACCAGCAGCUCCCAGACGGGUGACCUGUUGUUUGACUCGGGGCGAGGCGAGGAGAAGAGCGCUCUGCUGCUUCAGUACAUCCUCGACUGCCUCUACAAGAUCUUCCUGUACGACACGCAGAGGUUCCUGAGCAAAGAGCGAGCCGACGUCCUGAUGAGCUCGCUGCUCGACCAGCUGGAGAACACGCUGGGUGGAGACCAGGUGUACCGGCAGAGGGUGACCCAGCACCUGGUCCCCUGUGUGGGGCAGUUCGCUGUGGCUCUGGCUGACGACACUCAGUGGAAAACUCUCAACUACCAGAUCCUCCUGAAGACCAGACACACAGACUCCAAGGUGCGUUUCUCCUCCCUGCUGAUGCUGUUGGAGGUGGCGUCCAAACUGAAGGAGAACUACAUGGUGCUGCUGCCAGAGACCAUCCCCUUCCUGGCUGAACUGAUGGAGGAUGAGUGUGAGGAAGUGGAGCAGCAGGUCCAGAAGGUGAUUCAGGAGAUGGAGAACAUCCUGGGAGAACCUCUACAGAGCUACUUCUAAAACACACACACACACAGCUGGUGUGUUGUUUUUCUUUCCUCUCAUGUACAAGAAAUAAACAUUGUUCUUUAAGUCA